AUGGCAGGGGAUGUCUGGGACAUCCUCUUACCAUCUUGGGCAUGGCUGGACGUCCCUGAUGUGGGAAGAAACAAUGCUUCUGGAGGAGAUGGUAGGGGAAUCCUAUGCUUCCAACAUAAAUUACCCUCCAUAGUUUUCUCAACAGGAGGAUACACAGGCAAUGUUUACCAUGAAUUCAAUGAUGGUUUGUUGCCUCUGUACAUAAAAUCCCAGCAUCUCCAUGGACAAGUGGUGCUUGUUAUUCUUGAAUACCAUUCUUGGUGGGUGACAAAAUAUGGAGAGAUUAUUGGGCAGGUCACCAAUUAUCCAGUCAUUGAUUUCCGCAAGAAUAAGAGAGUCCACUAUUUUCCAGAGAUGAUAGUUGGGCUCAACAUACAUGACGAAUUAAGUGUGAAACUAGAGCUCAUGAAAGAUGGAAAAUGCAUUAAAGAUUUUAGAGAGCUUGUGAGAAAGGCCUAUGCCCCUAUAUUUAGUUCCAUGCCUCAAACACAGAGCAUAACCAAAGAACAAUCAUUUCCCUUAAGGCAUUCUAGGCUUGUUUCACAGCUAGGAAAGCCCAAAUUGGUAAAUAUAUCAAGAGAGAAGUCAAGGAAAAUGAUGAACCAGAAGGAAAUUGUUAAAUUGGCAAAGAAAUUUGGGUUCGAGGUAGAAAUACUGACUCCCAAAAGAAGCACACAGAUGGUAGAAAUGUUUAGAGCCUUAAAUUCAUGUGAUGUUAUGGUGGGAGUUCAUGGUGCUACCAUGACACAUCUUUUGUUCAUGAGACCUGGCUUUGUGUUUAUACAGAUUGUAUCAAAAUAA